CCCAAGAUGGUUUUCCGCUGUUGAUGAGCGAGCAGUUCUCCGUACCCGAACCGAAACAUUUUCAUCUGUAACGUAACCCUAAAUUAGAAAUGGAGAUUUGUCCGGUCUCCGGUCGAUUUCCGGCGAUUCCCUUUCGAUUCAGCCAAAGUUUGACAGAUUUCUCUACUCAGAGUCGACGAAUGUCGCCGUUUUGCCUCAAGGUACCAUCUAACAUUUUCCGUUCUGACGCUGAUUCAGGACAAUUGGAGUCUCGGAUGUUUAUUCUAGGGAUGGGUUUCGUUGGACAGUUCUUUGCUAAAGAGUUACAGAGGCAGCGAUGGGUUGUUUCUGGGACUUGCACUAGCAUUGGCAAGAAGAAGAAACUUGAGGAAAUGGGAUUUGAUGUUUAUGUUUUCAAUGCAAAUGAGCCCGAUCCUGAAGUGCUUAAUAUUCUGAACUAUCACACGCACGUCCUUGUUUCCAUCCCUCCUGUUGUGGGUAUUGGUGAUCUGAUGCUAAGACAUGAAGAACUUCUGAAAAAUAUACUAACGGGUGGGAAUCUUCAGUGGCUUUGUUAUUUGUCAUCAACCAGUGUAUAUGGAGAUCGUGGGGGUGAAUGGGUUGAUGAAGAUUAUCCAAUUACCCCUGCCAGUGAAUUGGCUAAAGCAAGAUUGGUGGCCGAAGAAGGAUGGCUAAAUUUGGGAUGCGAUCUCAGGCUGUCAACUCAAAUAUUUCGACUUGGAGGUAUCUAUGGCCCUGGAAGAAGUGCUAUUGACACCAUAAUUAAGCAGGAGCCUUCGUCAGAGGUUCAGAAAAUGAGGUCUUCCAAGCGUUAUACAUCCCGAGUUCAUGUUGCUGACAUUUCUCAAGCACUGAAUGCUGCUGUGCACAAGCCAUCCCUGGGGAAAAUAUACAACAUAGUUGAUGAUGACCCUUCCCCAAGGACAGAAGUAUUUAUGUUUGCGCGCAACUUGAUUGAGAAGAAAUGGCCUGGCCAGAUAAAACAAGCUAGAUCUCUUGAUAGGGUAGAAUCAUUGAUGCCAAAGGGAAGUUCAAGGGACGGGAAGCGAGUUUCCAAUGCUCGUAUGAAGAGAGAACUUGAGGUGAGGCUGCUUCAUCCUGAUUACCGUUCUGGAUUGCAGAGCAUUGUGGAACAUAUUGAUGACUCAUUUUUGUAUAAUCCACCAAGUUGAUGCAAUAAAGCGUGGUCCUGAUGGUUUUUCUGAGGAAUCCAUGGCACUGUAAAACAGUUCAUCGUGCGUGAAUAAAGCCUCUGCAUGUAGAUUCAGCGAUGAAUAGACAAAAUGAGAAUGUAUGCUAUCGAUGCUGUUACUUCAUGUAAAGUUUUUUGAAUGUAAUUAUUUUUGGCUACGAAAUGAUGAACAGUGUUUCCAGAUAAACUAAUCAAACUGAGAAUACAUUACUGCUUAUUCAU